GGUCACUUCACUUCUGCGGAGGAUCUGAACCUGCUGAUCGCCAAGAACACGCGUCUGGAGAUCUAUGUGGUCACUGCGGAGGGUCUGCGGCCGGUCAAAGAGGUCGGCAUGUACGGCAAGAUCGCGGUCAUGGAGCUCUUCAGACCCAAGGGUGAGAGCAAAGAUCUUCUGUUCAUUCUGACCGCUAAAUACAACGCCUGUAUCCUGGAGUACAAGCAGAACGGAGACAGCAUCGACAUCAUCACCCGCGCUCACGGAAACGUGCAGGAUCGGAUCGGCCGUCCGUCUGAGACCGGGAUCAUUGGGAUCGUGGAUCCAGAGUGUCGUAUGAUCGGCUUGCGGCUAUACGACGGGCUGUUUAAGGUCAUUCCUUUGGACCGUGAUAACCGCGAGCUCAAAGCUUUCAACAUCCGUCUGGAGGAGCUGCAGGUCAUAGACGUCCAGUUCCUGUACGGCUGCCAGGCGCCCACCGUCUGCUUCAUAUAUCAGGAUCCUCAGGGUCGGCACGUCAAGACAUAUGAGGUUUCUCUCAGAGAGAAGGAGUUCAACAAAGGACCCUGGAAGCAGGAGAACGUGGAAGCUGAAGCAUCGAUGGUCAUUCCAGUCCCAGAGCCGUUUGGAGGAGCUAUAAUCAUCGGACAGGAGUCCAUCACUUAUCACAACGGAGACAAAUACUUAGCCAUCGCUCCUCCAACUAUCAAGCAAAGCACCAUCGUGUGUCAUAACCGCGUGGAUCCGAACGGCUCGCGGUACCUGCUGGGAGACAUGGAGGGCCGACUCUUCAUGCUGCUGCUGGAGAAAGAGGAGCUGAUGGACGGAGCUGUGGUGCUCAAAGACCUGCAUGUGGAGCUGCUGGGAGAGUACACUACACUAUGCUACACUGCAGUACGCUACGCUACACUGCACUGCAGUACACUAGACUACGCUACACUGCAGUACACUAGACUACACUACACUGCACUGCAGUACACUACACUACACUGCAGGCCGAUAGUGGACAUGUGUGUGGUGGACCUGGAGAGACAAGGACAGGGUCAGCUGGUGACGUGCUCCGGAGCGUUUAAGGAAGGCUCUCUGAGGAUAAUUCGGAAUGGUAUUGGGAUCCAUGAGCACGCCAGCAUCGACCUGCCCGGCAUCAAAGGUCUGUGGCCUCUCCGCUCAGAGUCGAGCAGAGACACUGAUGACAUGCUGGUUCUGUCUUUUGUGGGUCAGACCAGGGUGCUGAUGCUGAGUGGAGAGGAGGUGGAGGAGACGGAGCUGCCGGGGUUUGUGGAUAAUCAGCAGACGUUCUUCUGUGGGAAUGUAGUGCAUCAGCAGCUCAUACAGAUCACGUCGGUGUCUGUGAGGCUGGUCACGCAGGACAGCAAGGCUCUGGUGAGCGAGUGGAAGGAGCCUCAGGGCAGGAACAUCAGUGUGGCGUCCUGCAACAGCUCUCAGGUGGUUCUGGCUGUGGGUCGAGUGCUGUAUUACCUUCAGAUACUCACAGGAGAACUCAAACAGAUCAGCUCUACAGAGAUGGAGCAUGAGGUGGCGUGUCUGGACAUCACUCCUCUGGGUGAGAGCGUGGGAGAAUCCAGCAUCUGUGCUGUGGGACUCUGGACCGACAUCUCAGCUCGCAUGCUGAAGUUACCCUGCUUCAGCCCGCUGCACAAAGAAAUGCUGGGCGGAGAGAUCAUCCCUCGCUCCAUCCUCAUGACCACGUUUGAAAGCAGUCAUUACCUGCUGUGCGCGCUGGGAGAUGGGGCGCUUUUCUAUUUCGGACUGGACAUUCAGACAGGGGUUUUGAGUGAGCGUAAGAAGGUGACUCUGGGCACUCACAGCCCAUCAAAAACCAAAAUUGGCUAUUGCCAUCUGAAGCAUGAAUAUUUAGUGAUUAAUCAGCAGACUCAGUCGCUCCAGUGCUGUGUGUGCUUCAGUGCUCGUGUGUGUCGUUGCAGGCGGAUCUGCUAUCAGGAGGUGUCUCAGUGUUUCGGAGUUUUGUCCAGUAGAGUAGAAAUGCAGGACACCAGCGGGACAACAGCAGCCGUGCGACCCAGCGCCAGCACACAGGCGCUCUCCAGCAGCGUCAGCUCCAGUAAGCUGUUUCCCAGCAGCACUUCUCCUCACGAGACGUCGUUUGGAGAGGAGGUGGAGGUGCACAGUCUGCUGGUGGUGGAUCAGCACACGUUUGAGGUGCUGCAUGCGCAUCAGUUCCUGCAGAACGAGUAUGCACUAAGUAUGGUGUCCUGUAAGCUGGGCAGAGAUCCUGCCAUCUACUUUAUUGUCGGCACGGCGAUGGUGUAUCCGGAGGAGGCGGAGCCUAAACAGGGCCGCAUCAUCGUCUUUCACUAUACAGAUGGCAAACUGCAGACGGUGGCAGAGAAGGAGGUUAAAGGUGCGGUUUACUCCAUGGUGGAGUUUAAUGGUAAACUGCUAGCCAGCAUCAACAGCACCGUGCGUCUGUACGAGUGGACGGCAGAGAAAGAGCUGAGGACGGAGUGUAAUCACUAUAAUAACAUCAUGGCCCUGUAUCUGAAGACUAAAGGUGACUUCAUCCUGGUGGGCGACCUGAUGCGCUCCGUGCUGCUGCUGGCCUAUAAACCCAUGGAGGGCAGCUUCGAGGAGAUUGCUCGUGAUUUCAAUCCCAACUGGAUGAGUGCUGUAGAAAUCCUGGAUGAUGACAACUUCCUCGGAGCGGAGAACGCUUUCAACCUGUUCGUCUGCCAGAAGGACAGCGCGGCGACUACAGACGAGGAGCGGCAGCACCUGCAGGAGGUGGGUCUGUUCCACCUGGGAGAGUUUGUCAACGUGUUUUCACACGGAUCUCUGGUGCUGCAGAAUCUGGGCGAGAGCUCGACGCCGACACAGGGCUCGGUGCUGUUUGGCACAGUCAACGGCAUGAUCGGUUUGGUGACGUCGCUGUCGGAGGGCUGGUACAGUUUACUGCUGGAUCUACAGAACCGACUCAACAAGGUCAUCAAGAGCGUCGGCAAGAUCGAGCACAGCUUAUAUCCUUCAGCAGCGGUCAGAGACUCCUUGACUAGUGCCACCUGGAGGUCCUUCCACACCGAGCGCAAGACUGAGCAGGCCACAGGAUUCAUUGACGGAGAUCUGAUCGAGAGCUUCUUGGAUCUGGGUCGAGCUAAGAUGCAGGAGGUGGUCAGCACACUGCAGAUCGAUGACGGCAGCGGGAUGAAGCGCGAGGCGACGGUGGACGAGGUUAUUAAAAUCGUGGAGGAGCUGACGCGGAUCCACUAACCGUGAGCGCCACGCAUCUGUACAUAACUAUACAUACAUCAGAGCGUGUGUGUGUGUGUGUUCAGUCUCACGCUCACGCAUGCACAGCCGUGCUCACCUCUUCUUCAUGUGCUUGUCCUGUGAGCAUCGAGGUGAAGAUCACUGUCUGCUGGAUGGAGGAGCCGAAUCUGAUUCUGCCAGCACUGAUCCGCAAUAGUUUUAGUGAAGCGUUUGUCAUUGUGGUGUCUCUCUGUUUGGUCAUUUAUUUUAAUAAAGUUUCCUUCAGUA